GUGAAUAUCAACAUCGACAAUACAUUAGCUACAGGAAUUGAACAAUAUAUUAUAUUUUGUUAUUGGACAAUGAGGCAGGUUCUUUUGGUAUUCGUUGCAGUGCAAGCUCUGCUCUUAUUAUUAUUGAGCCAUUCUGCCGAAGGAUUAGCCGCUAAAUCCUCCAAGAAAUCCAAGAAACUGGCGUCGGCGGGUGGCAAGGGGUUUGGCGCAUCAUCCUCCGGCGCUGCCUUAUUGCACACUCCCGACGACUCGGAAAGUACUCAGAAAUUACUGCAGUUUUUGAAAUCGCAAAAAGCCAAGGGAGUGGAUCAGGGAGUGGCCGAAAUUGGAAUUCACGACAAGACGGGCCAACGCGGUCUGUUUGCUACCACCAAUAUCAAAAAGGACCAAAUCAUUUGCAUGAUUCCUUCCGAUGUUGCUCUGGCACUGUCCGAUCCGGCCAAGUUGGGAAAAGAUGCUCCGACGUUUGCUCACGGCGGCGCCAACUUUUUGAACAUGUAUUGGAACAAUGCCGAACGUCGUCCCCUGUGGUCCUUUUAUCUCGAUACGCUGCCAUCUGACGCGAAAUCGCCGUAUUUUGACGCGACACCCGAUUUCUUUUCCCCGGAAGAAAUCGAAUUGUUGGAAUUCCCGCGCUUACUCGACAAUAUUCGCAAACGGCAACACGAUAUUGAAUCACUGGCGGCCGAACAAGGUUUGGACCAGGAUCAACUACAAUUCGCCACUUGGUUGGUAUCGUCUCGGGCAUUCAACAUUAAUUUGGCGGAUGCCCAAAAUACACCAGAAGAAGAACAAUACGACGAACGAGGUCAAGUGGUGACCAAAGCCGGUGCGGGCUUGAACAGCAUCCGCGUCAUGGUCCCCUUUUUGGACCUGUGCAAUCACGAUUCUGUGGCACCCAACUGUCGUUUCACCAUGAUUGACGCCGACAAGGACGAAGCCUGGUUUGCGUUGGAAGCCAAUCGUCCCAUUCCAGCCGGACGAGAACUCCAAAUGGCCUAUCGGAGUGGCAUCUAUUCGUCGGUCGAACUGUUGCUCAACUACGGAUUUGUCCCCACGGAAAACAAAGUCGAUGCCUACAUGCUACGCAAGGGAGGUGAGGGUGUCAUUGCGAGUGCCGACGGAUGGACGACUACACUGGAGGAAGAUCAAAGCAUGUUGGACAUGCUCCAGAGCAAAAGUGACGAUGACAACAAAAAUGACGCACUGAAAAAGAUUCUGGCAUUUCGAUCCAAUAUGAAAAAGGCGUACCAAGACUUGUAG